AUGGACGACCUGCUUAACAAUGCCAGUCGAGGACCCGAAGCAAAGGAGCAAAGAACCUCAGCUACAACCUCGACGCGAUCAGCCAGACACCAUACGAGGAAUGAGAAGAAGGCGAAUUUGAGUACGGCGGUGGCUAAAGACGGCAGCAACAACAAAGGGAGGAAGAAGUAUUGUUUACUUCAUUAGCAUUGGUUGCCCUAGAGAUAGAUGACGAUCAGGAUAGACCAUUCAUCUGGGACUCUCUCUACUUUAUAUCUGCUAAAUGGACUGACUAUAAAGUAUGGGCUGGACUAGUUGACAUUUUUGCCCGUGAUUGUAAGAGAAUAGUGAGAAUAGAAAGCUUCAAACAUAAAAGAACUAGCGCAAAUAAGGCUUACAAUUUCUAUAGCUCCCUCUCGGCCUUUAUUUACAAAAAGACCUUCCUUGUUAAUAAGUGCAUCCGUUGUAAAGUUUGCAACUGUUGCUGUCACAUUGUUUUUGAAAAUAAUGAGUAUGGACAUAUCAACUGGUGGCAUGAGAAUGAUAGUGGGACACCAAAAGCCAAGUUUUGCAGUAAGGACCUAGCCUGGAUGGUGUUACAGGGAGGAGGAUUAAAGGACACGACUAUAAAUGGGACUAAUACUCUUGCCACCAUGAAAAGAAGGAUGUUCCACUGUAAUGAGGACUUGGCUUUCGCACUUCUUAAAACCCAAGGGACGAAGUACACGAGUAACCUACUUAAAAAGAUUGAAGUAUGCAGAGAAGUUACUGCGAUGGACAGUGAAGAUAUUGUAAGUAAGAACGUGAUGUAUUUAGCUUUCAGGCCGGGCACAAAGAACAGAUACGUAGGAAUCUCACAAGUUGGGCGCCUUGAUAGAAUGGAGACGCACUGGUCUGGGAGGUUGCAGGAAGUUAGAAAUGGACAACCAGGAGCACUACUUCACUCAGCCAAAAGCUUCCACUCUUACCUUUAUCUGGGCAUUUUUACGGCUAAGGUUAGCGAAAGAGUGAACUUAGAGGUGGCUGAAGGUAUAGCCAUAAACUUCUUCUCCGCCAACCUUAACACAAGGAAAAAAGUCUCUGAUGAGGGUGCUAAAAAGUUUGGCACUGUAAAGACAGUUUUAAUUAGAAGGAGGCGCAACUUUUUCGCAAAAACUAGACUAGCGGGGCGACAAUCUUCAAAAGAGACUACGCCAGUAAUAAUUGAGAAGAUCCUCCGAUCCAGAUAUCUUGACAUGAGAACUGCGACGAGGACAAGGCUGGCACUUAGGUUAUCAAAAAGCUUAGCUCCCCCUGCUAAUGAUAAAAGUGAUUUUGUAAAGAUGAGUAAACAUGAACAGGCACGCACGGACUACACUGCAAAAAACAUACUCUCACCGGCUAGAUAUUACAUUUUUAGGAAGAACGCGGAACCCCUUAUGGGACCACAUAAGGCUAUCAGACGGAUUAAGAUCGAGCUAUGGCCUGCGAGUAAUGACCACAUGCGAGCUUAUGAGCAGAUCAUUGCUAGUAGCUUAAAAAAAGGGGAUCAGGUAAGAUAUGCAGCAAAUAGGAGAAAGAGGAGAGUAAAAGGCUACAGGGAAAAAGAUAGUCUAGUUUUUGUAGUCUUUAAGCGUAAAAAGCUCAAGGGGUUAGGUGACUACAUCAAUACACCAUGGGAACGCUUCCACUCACUACUGUCGACUGUUGAGCCCGGAAGCGAGCCAUGCUACUGCUGUGCAAUCAAGAAGCGCAUCCCUGGGAUUAGAACUGUAGAGGGCCAUGUUGUAGCUGACCUUAGAACUGUCCAUGCUUUAAAGGAUAGGAGAACUUUCUGGAACAGAGCUGGAAAAUUCUACCCUGCUCCUGAUGAACAGUCUGAGAUCCUGUGGAAGAACAUUAGGGCAAUCGAAGACACUUUCCGCACAUCUCUACUAGACAAAGACUUUAGGCCACAGAGGGAGCUCAUAUGUAGGGAAAUCGAAGAAGGAAGCUUUAACAAAAUUACGAAGCUUGACAUUAAUGCUGACGUUUGGUGGCUCUCUAAUCUACUUACUAUCGGCGACGUAGAUAAGUCGAAAUCUACUUACUUCACAUGCAACCAGGUAACAUCCCGACUUAUACGGUUACACACGGGCGGAGAUACUUACG